AUGCAACCGGAAUUUUCUCUUUCCAUACCCUCUCAUGGCACAAGCAAGUCGGCUUUGCUGAGCGUUUCUGUUGGGGCUUCUCUUCGUCGCUCACGUCCUGUCUGCAUCUGUCGCCGCCUUUUGCCCAGCUCGUCCCUAUCGCCUGGGCUGCGUGCAGACGCGUCGAGGAUGCUGAUCACCUCAGCGGCCGGCCUAUUGGCCUUGCUCGGACUGCCGUUGCUGUUGUUCGUCUUCCUGACCAACCGCGCCCGGCGCCAGCGGAUUCAGCGCCGGCUGGCGCAGAAGCAGCUCGAGCUGGCCGACCAGCAGCUGCGUAUUCGAGGCCGGCUCGCCGGGCUCGGCAUCUCGACGCGUGAGGCGCACUCAGCAGCGCAGACGCUGUCGGCCGUCAGUCUGCAGCGCCGAUUGGCCGACGGCCGACUCACGCCGACGGGCCUGUUGUACGCCUGUCAGGCGCAGACGGUGCACACGCAAGACGAGCUGGCGCUGGGCGGACUGGGCGAGUUCAUCUGCGAGGCGGAAAAGUGGGCGCUCGAGCUGGAGGCGCGUGACACGCGCGCCGCGCCGCCUCUUUUCGGGCUGCCGGUCAGCCUGAAAGAGUGCAUUCCCGUGGCCGGCCACGACAGCCCCUACGGCCUGGUCGGCCAGACGGGCCGGCCGCACGGCGCCGACUGCGUCGUCACGCGCGUGCUCAAGCGCCAGGGCGCCGUGCCGUUCGCGCUGACCGCCAUGCCGCCGACCGGCCUGGCGAUGGACAGCUGCAACCCGGUCUACGGCCGCGUGACCAAUCCGCACUCGCGCCUCCACUCAAUCCCGGCCGCCUUCUGCGGCAUCGCCGGCCUCAAGCCGACGCAGAACCGGCUCAGCACCAAGGGCCUCGGCUUCCCGGGCCGCGACAGCGUGUUCCACCUCAAGGCCGCGCUCGGCCCGAUGGCGCGCACCGUCGACGGCCUCGUCCUGCUCAUGCGCGCCCUGCUCACGCCGGACAUGUUCCGGCUGGACCGCGGCGUCGUGCCGCUGCCGUUCGACGAGGCCGCCUUCGAUCCGCCGCCGUCGUUCGAGGCACGCCGCCUCACGAUUGGCUACUACUCGAGCUUCGAGAGCGAGGCCUGCGUGCAGGCCGUGCCGGCCGUCCGGCGGUGCGUCGACAUGGCACGACAGGCGCUGGAGCGCCGCGGCCACCGGAUGGUGCAGUUUCGCGUGCCCAGCCCCGAGACGGCGCACCGGCUCAGUCUGCUGGCCCUCUGCCCGGACGGCGGCGAGGCG